UGACGGUACUUCAUACUGAUCCUCACAAGCUUUACAUAUUAAGGUACGAUACCUUACUUACAGCCAGCUCCCCACAUGUAACCAACAGAGCAUCUUUUCAACCCAUUCUGAAUAUCUGCCUAUCUAUCUGCCUUUCGCGUUGUACUUUACUUUAUUCAAUCUCCCUCUACAUACCCUGCUGCAUGCUCCUUCUUCUCUCAUACCAACCAAGUUACAAUGACUUUCUCAUCUGAGAUUCACACUUUCCACUCAGGUUGCCCACAGCCUGAGUCCUCCUCAAAGACUAACACCUUUGUGUCCGUCGAUCCAAGCAAUGCAAAGCCGCUUGCUACUAUCUACACUACCACGCCAGAACAGCUCAACUCGGCCAUUGCAGCGGCCCAGGCCGCUUUUCCAACAUGGUCACAAACCCCAGCACCUCGCCGAGCUGCCAUUCUUCUCAAGGCAGCCGCUAUACUUCGCGAGCGCAAUGACGAACUUGCGCUGACCGAGACCCUUGAUACUGGCAAGCCUUGGUCGGAAACAUCAACCGUUGACGUUGCAACUGGAGCUGACGUUCUCGAGUAUUACGCACAUAUCGCUGCUGGCAGCUUCCCUGGUCAAAAUACUCGUCUUCGUGCUGACGCUUUCGUUCUCACUACCCAUGAGCCCUUGGGCGUUUGUGCCGGUAUUGGUGCAUGGAACUAUCCCAUACAGAUUGCUCUCUGGAAGUCGGCUCCAUGCUUGGCUGCUGGCAAUUGUAUGGUGUACAAGCCAAGUGAGGUCACUCCUCUGCAUGCCCAGACACUCGCUCAGAUCUACAUUGAGGCCGGUGUCCCCCCUGGUGUAUUCAAUGUUGUCUACGGUGACGGUAUCGCCGUUGGAGCCCCUCUUGUCGCCCACAGCAAUAUUGCCAAAGUCAGCUUCACCGGCCAAGUUAGCACAGGCAGCAAAGUUGCCAGCCAAGCUGUCAAGGACAUGAAGGGUGUCACCAUGGAACUGGGUGGUAAGAGUCCACUUGUUAUUCUUCCUAAUGCCGAUAUCGAGGAAGCAGCCGACACUGCCAUGGUAGCCAACUUCUUUUCCACCGGACAGGUGUGUACCAACGGCACCCGUGUCUUUGUCCCUGACACUCUGUUGAGCCAGGUUGAGCAAGCUAUUGUGCAGCGAUGUCGCGAGGGAAUUCGCAUGGGUCUGCCUCAGAACGGGGAGACCAACUUUGGACCCAUGGUCAGCGCCGCGCAGCAAGAGAAGGUUAAGAUGUACAUCCAACAUGGACGUACAGUGGAUAAGGCGAAGGUUCUUUUCGACGGCUCGGAGGAGCCCAGCAUGGCACAACCAACCUCUGAUGGUUUCUGGGUGCACCCUGUUGUAUUCACAAAUUGCACUGACAACAUGCGCGUUGUCAAGGAAGAGAUAUUCGGUCCAGUCAUGUGCAUCAUGCCAUAUAGCACCCAAGGACGCUCUCAACAAGAAUGGGUGUCAGAGCUCAUUGCCCGGGCCAACGAUACCCCCAUGGGUCUUGCUGCUGGUGUUGUGUCAUCCGAUGUGGGACUGGCACAUGAGGUUGUGCAGAAACUCGACGCUGGAAUUACUUGGAUCAACACAUGGGGUGAGUCACCAGCUGAGAUGCCUGUAGGCGGCUGGAAAAUGAGCGGAAUAGGAUUGGAAAAUGGCCACGAGGGAAUAGCUGCCUAUAUGAGGACGAAGAGCACACUGGUACAGCUUGGUAAGGGUGCUUGUAAGGGUGUGUUUUCAAAGCUAUAAAUUAAUAAAUUAAAAGUAGUUUAAUUAAAUAAUAAUAAAAAUUAAAAAAA